AUGGAAGAUUUCUUUGUUUAAUUUAAGGAGUUUUACGAUAAGGUUAAGGACAUCACAAAUGUUAGAUUUGCAUACAUGAAGGAAUUAUAUAAUCUUGGAAUUGAGCAAUUUCCUGACAACCAAGAGGUUUAUAACUUUUAAAGGAAUAACUAACUCAGCAUUCAGUCAGGAACCAAAAAAUUAAAAAAGAACUGGUCUGAUGAAGACAAAAGAAUCUUAAUAUGGAUUAUCGGAAAGUACAUGUCCUAUCAUAAAAGAGAUUUCAAACUAAUUUGUGAGGAGGACUGGUAGAAUAUAUCAUCGAUGAUGUUGCGAAGAGACUCGUUCUAAUGUAAGCAAAAGUGGCUAUAGAUGUUGAAAUUGCCUCUUCAAUAAGCUCCGUGGGGACAAAAUGAGGAUGAAGCCUUAGUUCGUAUAAUAAGUGAGUUUUAGGCUCAGAACAGAGGAAAUAAAUGGAGUCAAAUUGCAACUGAACUCAAUAAAACAACAGGUCUAAAUGUUCACAGAAAUGGAAAGUAAUGUCGAGAGAGGUGGAAUAAUCACUUAAACCCAUCGAUUAAUAGAAAUCCGUGGUAAUAAUUAGAAGAUUUGGAGCUCAUGAGAUUGGCCAUUUAAAAUGGAAAAAAGUGGGCAUUAAUUUCUAAAAAGUUGAAAUUAUAGCGCAGUGAAAACAAUGUGAAAAAUAGAUUUAAUUGUUUAAUGAGAAAGGAAAAAAGCGGCAAAAAUGUCCCAUAAUCCUAAAAUGAAAGUGAUAAUGAGGAUCAUGAUUCAUAUAUAUCUGAUCCAUCAGCUGAAGAGUUAAGUCAGGAUGAGAUUAAACAAAUCCAAGCCAUAAUCAAAAAGAUAGAAUGGAGAAUGAAAUAAGAUGGUUCUUCCUAUGAAAUCAAGUAAGAACAUUAGGAUUAAGUCUCCAAAAAGGUAUAACUGGAUAGGCGUGAAUUAAAAACUAGAUAAUAAUAGCAAGAGAAUCAAAACAACAAUAGAAUUUAAAAUGUCAAUAAUUUCAAUAAUAUCAAUAUAAACAUUGAGAAUUUUACUCCUUCUAGUUUAAACCAACCAACAAACAAUACUGCUAAUUGCAUUUCAUUGUAAAUUAUGGAAUAUAAUUAAAAUGAGGAUUAGAGUUAAUUAAGUUUCUGUUUAGUUAACAAAGAAAAAGGAUAUGUAUACUUUUUAAAUUAGGAGUAAUUUAACAAUUAUAUUAAAUCUUAACAUCAGAUUAAUAACAACGCUCUUAUCAACUUAUCCAGCUUUUUAGGGGCUCAACCUCCAAUUAGUAAUCUGAAUUAUUCAAACAACAUUGCUCUAAACGCAAAUCUUGAACUUGGUUAGUAAUAAAAUCAGUAGAACAAUAAUUUAGAUGGUUUCUCUGAACAUUAAAGUUUGAACUCCUAUUAUUAUUAAUGUUUGCCCAUGAAUAAUCAAAUGAAUUUUAAUUAGCUUCAACCAACCCGAUCAUUUUUGAACUUACCAACCCAUUUAAAUAAUAACUUUACUACCAAUCAAUAGUAUUUCCCUGGUUACAACUAUCAUGUAACUUGCUACUAGCAAUAAUAGCAAUAACCACAAUAGAUGAUGUAUUAAUCACAAACUAGUGACAAAUUAGAUCUUUGA